UGGCGGCGGGUCGGCCCUGCCACGCAGACUUCCGCCCCACGCCGAGACCUGGGGCCACUUGCGGGCCGCGCUGGAACUGAAGUCGCGACCGUCUCGGUGUGGAGUCGGGGCAACAUGUCAGGAGAAAACGCUGCUGGCAAGCCCAGCGCUCCAGGAGGGCCCCGAACCCUCCUCUCUGGGGCCCGGGGGCUUAUUGGACAGCGGCCGGCGCCACACCUCACCCCGGGCCGCCUUCCCUCCAUCCGCUCCAGGGAUCUCACCCUCGGGGGAGUCAAGAAGAAAACCUUCACCCCAAAUAUCAUCAGUCGGAAGAUCAAGGAAGAGCCCAAGGAAGAAGUAACCAUCAAGAAGGAGAAGCGUGAAAGGGAUAGAGACCGACAAAGAGAGGGGCAUGGACGGGGCCGUAGUCGCCCAGAAGUGAUCCAGUCCCAUUCCAUCUUUGAGCAGGGCCCAGCUGAAAUGAUGAAGAAGAAGGGGAACUGGGAUAAGACAGUGGAUGUGUCUGACAUGGGGCCCUCUCAUAUCAUCAACAUCAAAAAAGAGAAGAGGGAGACAGAUGAAGAAACAAAACAGAUCCUGCGCAUGCUGGAGAAGGAUGAUUUCAUCGAUGACCCUGGGCUGAGGAAUGACACUCGAAACAUGCCUGUACAGCUGCCUCUGGCUCACUCUGGGUGGCUGUUUAAGGAAGAGAAUGAGGAACCAGAUGUUAAACCUUGGCUUGCUGGCCCCAAGGAAGAAGACAUGGAGGUGGAUGUGCCUGUUGUGAAAGUGAAAGAGGAGCCACGAGAUGAGGAGGAGGAGGCCAAGAUGAAGGCUCCUCCCAGAGCAGCCAGAAAGACCCCGGGCCUCCCGAAAGACGUUUCUGUGGCAGAGCUACUCAGGGAGCUGAGCCUUACACAGGAGGAAGAACUACUGUUCCUCCAGCUACCAGACACGCUCCCUGGCCAGCCACCAACUCAGGACAUCAAGCCUAUCAAGACAGAAGUACAGAGUGAGGAUGGACAGAUGGUGGUUGUAAAGCAGGAGAAAGAUCGGGAAGCCAGGCUGGCAGAGAAUGCUUGUACUCUGGCUGACCUGACAGAGGGUCAGGUUGGCAAGCUGCUCAUCCGCAAGUCGGGAAAGGUACAGCUCCUCCUGGGCAAGGUGACACUGGAUGUAACAAUGGGAACCACCUGCUCUUUCCUGCAGGAGCUGGUGUCUGUGGGCCUUGGAGACAGUAGGACAGGGGAGAUGACAGUCCUGGGACACGUGAAGCACAAACUUGUAUGUUCCCCUGAUUUUGAAUCCCUCUUGGAUCAUAAACAGCGGUAAAAUGAGCCGAUGGAGGAUAAUGGUGACUGUGCCCGUGGCUGCUACUUGCUCCAGACGUUUUAUUCUAAAAUCUCUGUGACCCAGAAGGGGCCUAUUUAGCCCACCCACUCCAGCCUUCAGCUCCUGCUGUCCCAAUUUUUCCCCCAACGCCUGUGUGGCUCCCUUCCGUAGCGGCUAUGAAUGGCACAGUGACCUUCCCACAGUAUGGAUGCUGCAUGUCCUUGCUGCUGGGGGACUUGUUCCUUCUAUUUAUUUUUAUAUUUAUGUUUUAUCUCUUCAACUGAUUGCAUCUUCCCCAGGUGGAGAGGGGAGGGUCUGUGGAAGAGUACAGGCUUCUGGUGGUGACCAUCUUGCUUCUCAUUGUGGGAAGUGUAAGGACUGCUGCUGCUGCUCCCGCUCCCUCCUCCUUCCUGAG